UCCUGCUGCCUUGUGUUAUAUCUUUGCUGCUGCUAUUGUACGGUUAGCACCUGCUAGCCUCACAUUGUACAGCAUCACCCUUCUCCGGCCCAGGAUCCCCCUGCGGGUUCUGUCAUCUCUCCUGUGCUGUGAUUGGGUGCUCAGUCCCAGUGCCUGCAGCUGGGAUGGGGAGCCGCAGCCUGGAAUUGAACCGUCACUGACUGAGAUUGCCUUGCUGGUGGGGGUAACUCAGCGUCUUAGAGCCCGGCAGCUUCUUACUAUCACCCACGGAGCGAGGAGAACGCGUAUCCUGUCUAUCUAUAUACCCAAAAAGACAAGGUUUUGGUAAAUAAGGACCUGAACCCGUUAAGGAAUCUGCGGAAUCAGAGCUUGUCAGCCAUGCCUGCAGGAAGCAAUGAACCCGAAUGUGCCCUGAGCUACCAGAGAUCUGAUGAGGAGGCUGUCGUAGACCAAGGUGGCACCAGUUCUGUGCUGAAUAUUCAUUAUGAGAAAGAGGAGCUUGAAGGACACAGAACUUUGUAUGUGGGUGUUCGAAUGCCGUUAGGACGGCAGAGCCACAGACAUCACCGAACUCAUGGACAGAAACACAGAAAGAGGGAUCGAAUGAAGGGCGUCAUACAGGAAGAAGGCCACGAUGAAUCCUUAGCCCAUGAUACUCCUUCCCAGCGAGUGCAGUUCAUACUUGGGACUGAGGAUGAUGAAGAACAUGUCCCUCAUGAACUGUUCACAGAGCUGGAUGAGAUUUGUGUUAAGGAGGGUGAGGAUGCGGAGUGGAAAGAGACAGCAAGGUGGUUAAAGUUUGAGGAAGAUGUUGAAGAUGGAGGGGAACGUUGGAGUAAACCCUAUGUAGCAACUCUUUCCUUGCACAGCCUAUUUGAACUAAGAAGUUGUAUCAUCAAUGGGACUGUUCAACUUGAUAUGCGUGCAAACACUAUAGAAGAGAUAGCAGAUAUGAUCUUGGAUCACCAAGAGACAUCUGGUGAACUAGGAGAUAAUAUCCGAGUAAAGGUGAAGGAAGCACUUUUGAAGAAGCAUCAUCAUCAAAUUGAGAAGAAGCGCAACAAUCUUAUCCCAAUGGUGCGUUCCUUUGCCGAGGUUGGGAAGAAGCAGUCAGAGCCCCAUUUGCUAGACAAAAAUAGUCUGGCUGUUUCUCCACAACCUACUCCCUCUACACUUGAUGUUAAGAAUGGUGGGAAUCAUGACAACAGUAGUGCCGUGGACCUAAGCAAGGUGGACCUUCAUUUCAUGAAAAAGAUCCCUACUGGCGCUGAAGCCUCCAAUGUCCUUGUUGGAGAGCUUGACUUUCUAGAACGUCCAAUUGUAGCUUUUGUGCGUCUGUCUCCAGCAGUCCUUCUCACUGGGCUGACUGAAGUCCCCAUCCCAACAAGAUUCCUAUUUAUUUUACUUGGACCAGUGGGAAAAGCCCAGCAAUACCAUGAAAUUGGAAGAUCAAUGGCAACUAUCAUGACAGACGAGAUUUUUCAUGAUGUUGCUUACAAGGCGAAGGACAGGGGGGACUUGCUUGCUGGUAUAGAUGAGUUUCUUGAUCAAGUAACUGUACUUCCUCCAGGGGAAUGGGACCCCUCUAUUAGAAUUGAACCACCAAAGAAUGUCCCUUCUCAGGAAAAGAGGAAAAUGCCUGGAGUUCCUAAUGGCAACGUCUGUCAUGUGGACCCAGAACCAGAACCUGAGCAUAGUGGACCAGAACUUCAGCGCACAGGAAGGCUAUUUGGAGGUCUUAUAGUAGACAUAAAGAGGAAGGCUCCAUUCUAUUGGAGUGACUAUAAGGAUGCACUUAGCUUACAGUGCGUGGCCUCCUUCCUCUUCCUGUACUGCGCAUGCAUGUCCCCAGUGAUUACAUUUGGAGGUUUACUUGGAGAAGCAACUGAAGGUCGCAUAAGUGCAAUCGAAUCCCUCUUUGGUGCUUCAAUGACAGGAAUUGCUUACUCGUUAUUUGCUGGACAACCCCUCACAAUUCUAGGAAGUACGGGACCUGUGCUGGUGUUCGAGAAGAUUUUAUUCAAAUUUUGCAAAGAACAUGACUUUUCCUAUCUCUCACUGAGAGCGUGUAUUGGACUGUGGACUGCCUUCCUCUGUAUUGUUCUGGUGGCAACCGAUGCCAGCUCCCUGGUCUGCUAUAUCACACGUUUUACGGAAGAAGCGUUUGCGUCCCUGAUCUGCAUUAUUUUUAUCUACGAAGCCAUAGAGAAGCUGAUUCAUCUGGGAGAAACAUACCCUGUUCACAUGCACAGUCAACUGGACAAACUUACACUUUACUACUGUAAAUGUACUGCUCCGGAAACACCAUCCAACAAAACAUUGGAUUACUGGAGAGACAACAACAUCACCCUCUCUGAAACGGAUUGGGCCAACUUCACAGUUAGCGAAUGUAGAAAAAUGCAUGGCGAGUUUAUGGGACCCGCCUGUGGACACCAUGGACCAUAUACUCCUGAUGUUCUUUUCUGGUGCUGCAUCCUGUUUUUCACAACAUUCGCAUUAUCUGGCACCCUGAAAACCUUUAAAACAAGUCGGUACUUUCCUACUAAGGUACGGUCAAUGGUGAGUGACUUUGCUGUGUUUCUCACUAUCUUUUCAAUGGUAGUCCUGGACUAUUUAAUCGGCGUGCCCUCUCCAAAGCUUCAAGUUCCAAAUGAAUUUAAGCCGACAAGAGACGAUAGAGGGUGGUUUGUCAAUCCAAUUGGAAGAAACCCUUGGUGGACGGUUUUCCCCACAAUAAUUCCUGCUCUGUUGUGCACUAUCCUCAUAUUCAUGGAUCAGCAGAUCACUGCCGUGAUCAUCAACAGGAAGGAACAUAAACUGAAGAAAGGAUGCGGUUACCACUUGGACCUUCUGGUGGUGGGACUGAUGUUGGGAAUCUGCUCACUUAUGGGACUUCCGUGGUUUGUGGCAGCCACGGUCCUCUCUAUUACCCACGUUAAUAGUCUUAAACUAGAGUCCGAAUGUUCAGCCCCUGGAGAGCAACCUAAAUUUCUUGGCAUCAGGGAACAGCGGGUUACUGGGCUGAUGAUCUUUGUGCUGAUGGGAUGCUCUGUGUUUAUGACCACGGUGCUCAAGUUUAUCCCAAUGCCUGUUCUGUACGGAGUGUUUCUGUAUAUGGGAGUUUCUUCACUGCGGGGAAUCCAGUUCUUUGAUCGCCUCCUGCUUUUUGCAAUGCCAGCCAAACAUCAGCCAGAUUUUAUCUACCUGCGACACGUCCCUUUACGAAAAGUUCAUCUCUUCACCAUCAUCCAGCUGACCUGUCUUGUUUUACUUUGGGUCAUCAAAGCUUCUAGAGCUGCUAUUGUAUUCCCAAUGAUGGUUCUUGCCCUAGUAUUUGUCCGCAAACUGAUGGACUUUGGGUUUUCUAACCGGGAGUUGAGCUGGCUUGAUGACUUGAUGCCAGAGAGCAAGAAGAAAAUACUGGAAGAUGCCAAAAACAAAGCUAAAGAAUUAGAGGAAUCCGAGAAGAUGCUUCUGGCCAGUGAGGAAAAGGGUGUGCAACUUCCCAUGGAGACCAGAAAAUUAUUGAGCAGCCCUGGGAAAAAUAAUAAUUCAAGAUGUGAUCCAUCAGACAUAAAUAUUUCUGAUGAAAUGCCCAAAACUACAGUGUGGAAAGCUUUGAGUAUGAACAAUGAAAGUUCAAAAGCAAAGGAAAGAAGCUUUUUCAAAUAGGUGUCUUGGCAUAAGAAGGGCAGCGUGAAAUGACAGAUGACUCAGGGAAGCGCCAAGACCCAAAACGUGGCAUACAGCUUUGAAGAACUGUCCCUCAUCCUUUUCUUCAGAAGAAGGAUUCAUGUUAAAGCCAUUGGAAUUUUUUUAUUAUAUGAAUAUAUAUAUAUUAUAUAUUUUUGUUUUAUUUUCAGUGUGUGCUUCGAAAAGCUAUAAAUCUGUGCGUACCAUUGAUUCUCUGGUACUCGCACUGUAAGGGAGUGGCACAUGUGCCAAUGUAAUGUCUGUCUGCGAAGGAUUCACGGAAAUCUGGCAUAGCUCUUACCUAUGUGUUGUGUACGUUUAAUGUUCGUAAACAGCAUAUUAGCAGUUGUAGCUUCAGUGACAUCACUAAGUCAAAGGGAGGGAUUCCUGUGCUUAAUAAACUUCUCGUUAAGAGAUUUGUAUCGGGGAGACCACAUG